AUGGGUUCCGAGGACGAGAAGCCUUCUACCUACCGGUAUAACGAGAAGCCGACUUACACCACCUCCAAUGGCGCCCCCGUCGAGAACCCCCAGGCGUGGCAGCGCAUCGGUCCCCAGGGCCCUCUGCUGCUCCAGGACUUCCACCUGAUUGACCUGCUGGCCCACUUCGAUCGCGAGCGCAUUCCCGAGCGUGUCGUCCACGCCAAGGGCGCCGGUGCUUACGGCGAGUUCGAGGUCACCCAUGACAUUAGCGAUAUCUCUUCCAUCGACAUGCUCAACCAGGUCGGCAAGAAGACUAAGGCGCUUGCCCGUUUCUCGACUGUCGGUGGUGAGAAGGGCUCUGCCGAUUCGGCUCGUGAUCCCAGAGGUUUCUCUGUCAAGUUCUACACCGAGGAGGGAAACUGGGACUGGGUUUACAACAACACGCCCAUUUUCUUCAUCCGCGACCCUGUCAAGUUCCCUCCCUUCAUUCACACCCAGAAGCGUCACCCGCAGACUAAUCUGAAGGAUGCUACAAUGUUUGACUACUGGACCAAGAACCAAGAGUGCAUCCACCAGCUGAUGCACCUGUUCUCCGACCGCGGCACCCCUUACUCUUACAGACACAUGAACGGCUACUCGGGCCACACCCACAAGUGGACCAAGCCCGACGGCUCCUUCGUCUACGUCCAGAUCCAUCUCAAGACGGACCAGGGCAACAAGACCUUCACCAACGAGGAGGCCGGCAAGAUGGCGUCCGAGAACCCGGACUGGCACACCCAGGAUCUCUUCGAGGCCAUCCAGCGCGGCGAGCACCCCAGCUGGACCGUCUACGUGCAGACCCUGACCCCGGCGCAGGCCGAAAAGUUCAAGUGGAACGUCUUUGACCUGACCAAGGUCUGGCCGCAGAGCGAGGUGCCGCUGCGCCAGUUUGGCAAGCUCACCCUCAACCAGAACCCCGAGAACUACUUUGCCGAGAUCGAGCAGGCCGCCUUCUCCCCCUCCCACCUGGUCCCCGGCGUCGAGCCCACCGCCGACCCCGUCCUGCAGUCCCGCCUCUUCUCCUACCCGGACACCCACCGCCACCGUCUCGGCGUGAACUACCAGCAGAUCCCCGUCAACAAGCCCCUGAAUGCCUUCAACCCCCUCCAGAGAGACGGCGCCAUGGCUGUGAACGGCAACUACGGCGCGAACCCCAACUACUCCUCGACCUUCCGCCCUCUCGAGUACAAGCCCGUCAAGGCCGUCAACACCCCGCACGAGCAGUGGGCCGGCGCCGUCGUCACGGACCUCUUCGGCCCCGUCAAGCCCGAGGACUACGAGCAGGCCCUCGGCCUCUGGAAGGUCCUCGGCCGCCAGGAGGGCCAGCAGAAGAACUUUGUCAGCAACGUGUCUGGCGCCCUCGCCGGCGCUCACCCCGAGGUCCGCUCGCGCGCGUACGAGAUGUUCUCGCGGGUUACCCCCGAGCUCGGCGCCGCUAUCAUGAAGGAGACGGAGAAGAUUGCCGAGCCUACCAAGGAUGUUCGCUCCAAGUUGUAA